UCCCUGCCCAGUACAAUGCAUUCUUGAGUGGCAGCGUCUGGACUCCAGGCAGCCCCAGAGAACCGGAGCAAGCCAAAGAGAGAGGACUGGAACCAAGACACUCUGGUGGGGGAGCUUGGAUGCCUGGCUUCCUUUGAGGACAUCUUUGGAACGAGGGUGGCUUUGGGGUGGGGAGUUGUGCUGCAGGGAAUCCAGCCAGGCCCCAAGAUGGACACUUCUGGGCACUUCCAUGACUCCGGGGUGGGGGACCUGGAUGAAGACCCCAAGUGCCCCUGUCCGUCCUCCGGGGAUGAGCAGCAGCAGCAGCAGCCGCCGCCGCCGCCGCCGCCGCCACCAGCACCAGCACCACCAGCAGCCCCCCAGCAGCCCCCAGGACCCCCGUUGCAGCCUCAGCCUCCGCAGCUUCAGCAGCAGCAGCAGCAGCAGCAGCCACCGCAUCCCCUGUCUCAGCUCGCCCAACUCCAGAGCCAGCCCAUCCACCCUGGCCUGCUACACUCCUCUCCCACUGCUUUCAGGGGCCCCCCUUCAUCCAACUCCACCGCCAUCCUCCACCCUUCCUCCAGGCAAGGCAGCCAGCUCAAUCUCAAUGACCACUUGCUUGGCCACUCUCCAACUUCCACAGCCACAAGUGGGCCUGGUGGAGGCGGCCGGCACCGGCAGGCCAGCCCCCUGGUGCACCGGCGGGACAGCAACCCCUUCACAGAGAUCGCCAUGAGCUCCUGCAAGUACAGCGGCGGGGUCAUGAAGCCCCUCAGCCGCCUCAGCGCCUCCCGGAGGAACCUCAUCGAGGCUGAGCCCGAGGGCCAGCCCCUCCAGCUCUUCAGCCCCAGCAACCCCCCGGAGAUCGUCAUCUCCUCCCGGGAGGACAACCAUGCCCACCAGACCCUGCUCCAUCACCCCAAUGCUGCCCACAACCACCAGCACGCCGGCGCCACCGCCAGCAGCACCACCUUCCCCAAAGCCAACAAGCGGAAAAACCAAAACAUUGGCUAUAAGCUGGGACACAGGAGGGCCCUGUUUGAAAAGAGGAAGCGACUGAGUGACUAUGCUCUGAUUUUUGGGAUGUUUGGAAUUGUUGUUAUGGUGAUAGAGACCGAGCUCUCUUGGGGUUUGUACUCAAAGGAUUCCAUGUUUUCGUUGGCCCUGAAAUGCCUUAUCAGUCUGUCCACCAUCAUCCUUUUGGGUUUGAUCAUCGCCUAUCACACACGUGAAGUCCAGCUCUUCGUGAUCGACAAUGGUGCGGACGACUGGCGGAUAGCCAUGACCUACGAGCGCAUCCUCUACAUCAGCUUGGAGAUGCUGGUGUGCGCCAUCCACCCCAUUCCUGGCGAGUACAAGUUCUUCUGGACGGCGCGCCUGGCCUUCUCCUACACACCCUCGCGGGCGGAGGCCGACGUGGACAUCAUCCUGUCCAUCCCGAUGUUCCUGCGCCUGUACCUGAUCGCCCGCGUCAUGCUACUGCACAGCAAGCUCUUCACCGACGCCUCGUCCCGCAGCAUCGGGGCCCUCAACAAGAUCAACUUCAACACGCGCUUCGUCAUGAAGACCCUCAUGACCAUCUGCCCCGGCACCGUGCUCCUCGUGUUCAGCAUCUCACUGUGGAUCAUCGCUGCCUGGACCGUCCGCGUCUGCGAAAGGUACCAUGACCAGCAGGACGUAACUAGUAACUUUCUGGGUGCCAUGUGGCUCAUCUCUAUCACAUUCCUUUCCAUUGGUUAUGGGGAUAUGGUGCCCCACACAUACUGUGGGAAAGGUGUCUGUCUUCUCACGGGCAUCAUGGGUGCGGGCUGUACUGCCCUGGUGGUGGCCGUGGUGGCCCGAAAGCUGGAACUCACCAAAGCAGAGAAGCACGUUCACAACUUCAUGAUGGACACUCAGCUCACCAAACGGAUCAAGAAUGCUGCAGCCAAUGUCCUUCGGGAAACGUGGCUAAUCUAUAAACACACAAAGCUGCUAAAGAAGAUUGACCACGCCAAAGUCAGGAAACACCAGAGGAAGUUCCUCCAAGCAAUCCACCAACUGAGGAGCGUCAAGAUGGAGCAGAGGAAGCUGAGUGACCAAGCCAACACCCUGGUGGACCUUUCCAAGAUGCAGAACGUCAUGUAUGACUUAAUCACAGAACUCAAUGAUCGGAGCGAAGAUCUGGAGAAACAAAUCGGCAGUCUGGAGUCUAAGCUGGAGCACCUCACCGCCAGCGUCAAUUCCCUGCCCCUGCUCAUCGCGGACACCCUGCGCCAGCAGCAGCGGCAGUUCCUGUCUGCCCUCACAGAGGCCCGGGGCGUCAGCGUGGCAGUGGGCACCACCCACACCCCACUCUCCGACAGCCCAAUCGGGGUCAGCUCCACCUCCUUCCCAACCCCUUACACGAGUUCAAGCAGUUGCUAAAUAAAACUCCCCACUUCAGAAGCAUUACCCAUAGGUCUGAAGAUGCAAAUCAACUCUCUCCUGGCCACUUUGCCAUCAAGGAACAUUCAGACCAGGGAACGUAAAGAAGAGAGACCGAGCUAAUUAACUAACUCAUGUUCAUUCAGCGUGCUUGGUUUGAUAUGCCUUGAAACCAGAAAUCUGAUCUCUGUUUAGGUGCCUCUACUCGGGAGCAGGAAGAGGAGAUGACAGGAAACGACGCCUCUGGUAGGGCCCUUGCGGCACAGUUGGUGGAGAACAGACACCCA